AUGGAAGAAACUAAACAGCUGCGCAACCACGUGAAUGAGGCUAGGUGCUUAGCUGAAAACGCCGCCCAAGCUCGAAUACAAGCUCAUGCAGAGCUGCUAGAACGACGUUGGCGCCAGAAUAUCCAGGAUGUGGUGUCCGAACGGAUUCAAGCUCACAUCCCAAGUUUGGAAGAGAAGCUGGGAACUUAUUGCAAAGCUGAACAAGCCCGAUUGACUUCGAGUGUGGCCGAUCAGCAACUUAAACAAGCUCUUCAAACUGCAGUACUACGCGUUGAGGAAGUCGCAGAGCACGCUACUGCAGAAACAUUAGCUGAAAAACAAGAGUACCUCCAGAUCUACAUCAGAGAAGAAAUCCGCCGUACAUUGGCAGCUCUUACGAGAUGA